CCCUCCGCGCGGUCCAGCCCUCCCAGGCCUCUCGCGAACAUGGCGCUUGUCCCCUGCCAGGUGCUGCGGGUGGCGAUCCUGCUGUCCUACUGCUCCAUCCUCUGCAACUACAAGGCCAUCGAAAUGCCCUCGCAUAAGACCUACGGAGGGAGCUGGAAAUUCCUGACGUUCAUUGAUCUGGUUAUCCAGGCAGUCUUUUUUGGCAUCUGUGUGCUGACUGAUCUUUCCAGUCUUCUAACAAGAGGCAGUGGGAACCAAGAGCAAGAGAGGCAGCUCAAGAAGCUCAUCUCUCUCCGCGACUGGAUAUUAGCUGUAUUGGCCUUUCCUGUUGGGGUUUUUGUUGUAGCGGUGUUCUGGAUCAUUUAUGCCUAUGACAGAGAGAUGAUAUACCCGAAAUUGCUUGAUAAUUUUAUCCCAGGGUGGCUGAAUCACGGAAUGCUAUAGCAACUAGAUUCCACCACUUUAGACUUUUAUACAGAACUACAGUAUGAUCAGCUUGGUUGAAGUUUGGCACCCAACACUAUGCUCAAUUGAAGACAUAUGCACAAACUCACUUACCGCAUUUUUAACCUGUUUUUCACUCCGGGUGGGUCUAUAAUAUUUGCAUAAAAAUAUGAAAAGCAACCUUCUGCAAGGAGAGAAGGUCAUUAAAAGAUGUUGUGACCUUCUUUUCUGCAGCAUUUCAAAACUUAAAGUUUUCUUGGCAUACUUUUCAAACGCCCAUCUGACUUUGAAGCAAGCUGCCUUUCUGCAGAAAACUCACUCCAGCAAUGACUAAAGGAUUGACCUGGUGCCAUGCAUGCUGCUCUGCACAAGGAGGGCAUUUGGAAAUGACCUUGAAACAGAGUUUUGCCAAGUUCAUGAAAUAUGGGCCUUCAAGAAGUGCCAUUUCACAAGUGAUGUACAGAGCAGUAUUUGUAGCAUUGUCAGAACUCAACCCCUUAAUUUGGUAUUGGAUUACCUUGAGUUUUUAACCUACAUGAGGAAUGAUGCUUAUUCUUGAUUUUAUUAGUUGCACUUUGUAACUGGUUGGAAAAAUUAGGUAAUGGAGAAAAAUUGGCAUUCCACUAUUGUUUCUCUUAGGUGAAUUUUUAAAAAACAGUUUCUGAAGGAAAGGGAGAUACUCACAGGGUACAAUUGUACAUGGAGAGAUGGGACUUUAAAAUGAAGGGUUAGCCACAAAUAAGGAUGAAAUUAGUGGAUAAAGAAACAUUGGGAGGAAGAAGUAUCUCUCUUAACUUGUAAGCACCUGUUGAUAUGAUUCUGACUCACCAGAUUUAGGCUCUAGAGGGUGUCAGUUCUUUAUAUCUCAGUAUGAACACCCAUAGAGUGUUAUCAUUGUUUAUACUUGUUGACUGAUGUUGACACCAGUUGUUACUCUAUGACUUUCUAUUUGACUGAGUGAUGUACUUACACUGCUGCAUAAUAUUGCCUGAUUGCACUUGUGAUACCGGUGACGUUGGCUGACAUUUCAGGGUCUGAGUAACAUGAAGCUGUGUUUUAACUUUAUUUGGAAGUCAGGGUUGGCAUGAGAUUGGAAAAUCUCCUUCAGUCUCCUUUCCUGUGACCUUCCUUCUACAA